AUGCUGGUGUCAGGGUCUGAUGCCCUGAUCCAUAAGGCCUCACCGGAAUGUGGCAUUGCAAAUUUGCGUCGCGUGAUGGAGCUCCCAACGAUUGAGCAACUGAACCUGCAAGCAAGUCCAUCCGAGAUCGAGGAAUGGGUCGAACGGUUCGAGCUGUGGUGCAGCAUUCGCAAACGUGGUACACAGAAUCAGUCAGCCCUAUUUAAUACUGCUGGUAGGCGUGACCUCUAUCCCCUGUUGAGAAACCUGGCGUUUCCUGAGACUCCAGCCAAACUACCAUACGAGUCCCUGAAAUCGUUGCUNGCCCAUCGUUCUUGUGUCCUACGUAACGCAUUCAAGACAGCUGCGAUCCUACCUCCCGGUAUCGUUUCCAGCUGGCGUUAUGACGGUGUAUUGCCCGUCCAAUGGAAGACUUCCACCAAGAUGGUUUACCGAAUGACUUCCGAGGUUUCAGAGAGGCGUGCUCAUCCUGCAAUUCAAGCCGAGUUCACCUCGGUGGGUGUUGAGGUCUUCCUGAGCGGUGUAGUAGACCCGGAGCCAUCUACGGAUCCAUCGCUUUCCUCACCUCCGACUUCGGCUGUAAGCAACUUUGCCACUGCUCAUUUUCUAACAGAUCCUCCAUGA